AUGAUUAUAAGUGAAGAAAAGGAAAGCCGAGACUCUGCUGUCGUGCAAUUAAUCGAUUUUAAUUUAAAUAGAAACGAAAAUUCACUAGUUCCUGAUCUUUUCCAGAAAUUAAACAACACAAUGAAGAAUUCUCCCUCCGUUAAGAAUCAUUUGAAAUUUUCACAAAACUUUGAAAAAAUUGGUGUAGUGCUACUGAUGGAUGAUGGUAUUGAUUUGGUCAUAUCGGAACAGUACGAUUGUUUAAUUAUUAAUGAUGGAAAUUAUUUGAAAAUUUAUAACCUACCACAAGAAGGUGAUGGAAUUAAUUUAUCAGUUGAUAGAUUUAAGUGUUUGCUCUCUGUUCAAUAUGAGUAUUCUUUUGCAUGUAUGAAAUUGGUGAAUGAAAGAGGGGAGGAUUUUAUUUAUGCAACUGCUAGAGGAGAUUGUGUAGUAAUUAAGAUUAGAGUUUCAGAUUUGAUGAAGGGAGAACCAACAUUAAUUUGGCAAUCGAUAUUUGCUGUUGAAAUUGAGAAAUUGGAUGUUUUCAAAAAUAAGGUCUACAUUACUAGUGGUUCAGAAAUUAUUAUUUUGGAUUCAAGCAAUGGUCAACCACCUAUUCUUGAGGUAAAUAUGCCAGCAAUUGUUGAUGGCUAUUAUCUGAAAAUAUUGUCAGAAAAUCAAAUAUUAGUAGGUGAUAAUGAAAAAUUGAAACUAUAUGGGAGGAAUAAUGGAGAAUGGAUCUUGAUUAGUGAUUUUUUAAUUGGUGGCAUUACAUAUAUUUACCAUGAAGAAGUUUCUAAUUUGUUAUACAUUUCUAUUAAUCAAAAUAAGGGUAAUAUUUCAGUGAUUGAAAUGAAGAAUGGAAAUUUUGAAUUGGUAAAAACUUUUGGUGAAUUUGUGUAUAAUACUGGAAUGAAAAUAGAUAGAAGAAGUGGAUAUCUGUAUGUUUGUAAUACCUGUUCCUUUGAAGUGCUUAUAUAUAAAUAA